ACGAAAGGUCACGAAUGAACGAGUGGCUGCGUGAAUGAGCCGAGUGGAGCGGCGCUGAGCGCGGCUCCGAGGGGACGCGGCGCUGCCGUGAGCGGCGAGGGUUCUGGACGGGCAGGCGAUGGGAGGGAUGGAGGGGGCUUCGCUCGCGCCGUAGCUCCGUGCUGCGGCUCACCACCAUCCGCCAUGUAUGGCGCAAGGGUCGCGCAGGAGGAAAACGACGAGGAAAUGACGGAAAACGUUUCCGUCAAGGUCGGCGAGGAGGCGACGGCCACCGCUCAGAAUGUCACGGAGCAGCUUCAGAUUGAGCAAGGGGGCCUCGCCGGGCAGGAGAAAGGCGCUGAAGAGAGCCCUCGGGACAAGCGAGCGGAGUCUCCCUCCUCCGGGAAGAAGGACAAGGGCGGCGCAAAGGGGUUCUCCAGGUUCCUGCCGUCUUGGUUCAAACAGACAAGGUCGUCGUCCGCAGGCGGCAAACGAGGUGUGGACAAGUUACGCGGAGGGAGCGAGCUGCAGCAGGCGGAGGUGAACGCGGACGGAAAAGAUGAAGAAGUUAAGUCAGCUGAGAAGGAGGUUGAAGGAGAACUGGAGAAGAAUGACGUGACAGAAGAGGCAACCCCGAAGAGGAUCGUUCCGCAGCUUCAGGAGAGUGCCAAGAAAGCCCCCGGAAAGCUGCAGGAGCAGCUGCAGGAGCAGAAGGAGAAGGCGGUGGCUACGCUCGCCACGUUUGACUUGGCUGACGCAGUGGCGACCCACGACACGGAGCCCAGCGGAGGGGAGCAGCCGGCGGCGGUGGUGGUAGGAGGAGGAGGAGAUGCCGAGGAGGCCGCCAAGGAGGCCACAGCUGAGGAGGCCGCCAAGGAGGAGGCCGGCGACGCUGGCGCGGUGGAGGGGGUGGCGCCGCCGAGCUUGGAACUGGCUACGCUAAGCGGCGUCUCUAGGAGCCGCAGGGUGAAGGAGGUGGAAUGCUCGGUGCUGCUCCUCGACGGCACACAGUUCGCAUGCAAAUUGCCGAGACAUGCAAAAGGACACGAGCUAUUCCACAGGGUGUGUGAGCAUCUCAACCUUCUGGAGAGGGACUAUUUUUCCCUCACCUACAAGGAUGCCUCGGAUCAGAAGAAUUGGCUGGAUCCCAUUAAAGAAAUUAAGAAACAGCUGAUGCACUCUCCGUGGCUUGUUUCCUUCAAUGUGAAGUUUUAUCCACCGGACCCAUCACAUCUACUGGAAGACAUUAGCAGGUACUACCUGUGCCUGCAGCUGCGCGAGGACGUGGCUAGGGGCCGGCUGCCGUGCUUGCCCGUGGUGCACGCCCUGCUGGGCUCCUACGCCCUGCAGGCCGAGCUGGGGGACUACGACGCGGCGGAGCACGGCGCCGGCUACGCAGGCCGCUUCCAGCUCGCCCCCAACCAGACGCACGAGCUACAGGACAGGAUGGCCGAGCUGCAUGCUGCUCACAGGGGCCAAAGCCCAGCGGAGGCCGAGCUUCACUACCUGGAGAAUGCCAAGACGCUGGCCAUGUACGGGGUGGAACUGCACCGCGCCAAGUGCCACCAGGACUCCGAGGGCGUGGACAUCAAGCUGGGCGUGUGUGCCAACGGUCUGCUGGUCUACCGGGACCGCUUGCGAAUUAAUCGCUUCGCCUGGCCCAAGAUACUCAAGAUCUCCUACCGCAGGAGCAACUUCUUCAUCAAGGUUCGGCCUGGCGAGUUUGAGAAGUGUGAGAGCACCGUGGGGUUCAAGCUGCCGAGUCACCGAGCUGCCAAGAGGCUGUGGAAGACCUGUGUGGAGCACCACACCUUCUUCAGGAUGGCCGUCCCUGAGCCGACGCGCCGUCCGCGCUUCAUGAGCCUCGGCUCGCGCUUCCGCUACAGCGGCCGCACCCAGGCGCAGACCCGGCAGGCGAGCGCUCGCAUCGGCCGCCCGGGGCCGCCGUUCGUCCGUGUGUCGAGCCGCCGGCAGCACACGGUGCGCAGCCUGGAUGGAGGCUGGAGGAAGGACGUCAUCGUCCUCACAGAGGAGACGGCCGGAUCCUCCACCGAGCAGAGGCCUGCCAUGGGCUGGGUGGUGGACGAGGAGGAGCGCUUGGAGUGGCGGGGAUGCGCCGUCGACGAGAGCGAGCAGCAGGGACUCCGGCUGAAGAGCACAAAGGAGCGGUUCCCAGGCUAUGAGGACACGCGUGCCGACGAUCUGCGCAAGCCGAAGCCCAAGGCCGCGUUGUUGUUCAGUGGUCCUCAGGAGAGGGCGCGUAGUGUGAGAGCAGAGGACGAGGAGUCGGACAGCGAGCGCUCGGACAGCAGCAGCUCGAGCUCGGACUCGGUGGAGGACCAACUCGACACCGAGUCUGAGAAUGAGGAGGUGGAGGUGGAGGAGGAUGAUCGCGAGCGCAAGAAAUAUCAAAUCAUGAGAAUAGAUGGUGACAACAUAUACGUGAGACAUAGCAAACUAAUGCUGGAGGGGACCGGUCGAACCAAGGAGGAGCUGACUCGGCACAAGAUGAGCAUCAGCGAGCUCAAGCGACACUUCAUGGAGUCGGUGCCGCCACCGCAGAUGCCCAGCGAGUGGGACAAGCGGCUGUCUUCGGGCUCUCCGGGAAGGGUUGUGUUCCACAAUGGACAGAGCCCGACUGUAAAGACUGCACAGACAACGGAGUCGUGGAGUCAGGGUGGCUCGCGGGUCCUGACGUCCAAGGGGGCAAGCUCAGGAGCAGCAGCUGACUCACCCUCACAGCAGCAGCAGCUGGUCACCCGCACUGUCACUUACGAGACACCCAAGAGCGAGGGCAUUGCUGAGGGGCAGGCGGGGACACUGAUGAGUGCCCAGACCAUCACCUCGGAGUCCGUGUGUACAUCCACUACGACGCACAUCACCAAGAUUGUGAAAGAUGGCAUUUCAGAAACAAGAAUUGAAAAAAGGAUUGUGAUUGCAGGAGAUGAAACAAUGGACCACGAUCAGGCCCUAGUUGAGGCCAUCAAGGAAGCAAAGAAGCAGCACCCAGGAAUGUCAGUCACCAGAGUGGUCGUUCAUAAGGAGAGUGAAGUAGUGGAGGAUGACCGGGAUAACGCAGUGCCCGAGUGAGUGAUGAAGUGAAUGGAUCAUGACGACAGCACCCCGGCGAUCGCGUUUCGGCUGUUGGGAGCCGUCCCGCGGAAUGGAAACUCCGGGCUUCAUACUCGACGCUUUGCACGGGAGGAUGAGUAGUUAUAGUGUGGUGGGGGUUUAAAAAACACUUUAUAAAAUAAAAAUCUAAAAAAAUGUUUAUAAUGAAGUAGAUGAGUGCAUUUUAGAAUAUAAAUUGUCCGUACCUUACACGUUUUUUUAUAUAACACUUUGAUUUACAUAUUGUAUGCAAUUUUUUGUGGUUCACGCUACGUCAACAUAUGCCAAGGCUUGUUAAAAACUUUUGCUUCCAAUAAAAUAUGCAGUAUAUCUAUUCACAGUUGUCCUGAUUAUUUAAAAUUAGGAACACUCUCAAAUGCUCCGUACAUGUAAAUUACGUGGUACAUUGAAAAUGUUAAACAGGCAACGUCCAAUGUGACCUUAAGCAGAGGAGAACACACGCUGGCAGUGUGCCCCUCUCAGAGGCGUCAAGCAUAAGGGAGUGCAUUUGUAAUGGAGUACAAACACAAAUAAGAAUCGGCAGCUUCAUCACAGCAAUACAGCGGAGUAACAGAAACAUACUGCAUUUCGUGGGCUUACAUGUUCCCCAUAUUCAAAGCUUAUGGGUGCUUACCCCGUGAGAUGAACUCGUUAAAAUUGGAGUAAACAACAAUAACUGCAGUCAGAAGGGCUAUGUCUUACAAUGACCGUAACAUAAAUAAAAUCAUCAUGGGACCUCCUUUACCAGUACCAAAAUAUGAGAAUAGGUUUUUCCCAUUUUUAUCUGGCAACAAAACAGGUGUUAAGUUGUUAAAACACCAAACUGAAACCUUCUACAAGGAAUCAUGUCUGCAUUAACCACAAUGCUUGUGGUCAGAAUGCAAACGCCUUUUGGCUUCCUCUGAUCUAACACCGUUUGAGACGAGGCUCAAAAGAAGGCUGUCUCUGGUGUGGACCAAUCAGUUUCAAAGACAAUGCAUAUAUUAUCAGAGUACGUUUUUUGUUUGCAUUUUGACCACAAGUGUAAUGCGGGCGUAAACGGCCUCGCGGAUAUGACGUCACGGGGGG